AUGUCAGAUUUAAACGUGCCAACACCCCCAAAAUCGUAUGAAUUUUUAACAUCCGGCGCCCCUCGAACAGAGGGCGAGACCACAUGGCAGUACAACCUGCGAAAGCUUUUGACCAUCAAAUCUCUAAAGUCUUUGGAGGCUGACCACAAAAAAUCUUUAUUAAAGAGAUGCUUAGGACCCCUUGACUUGACAAUGGUCGGUAUUGGGGGGACUAUUGGUGCGGGUAUUUUCGUGCUUACUGGCCAGGCGGCUGCAAACCACGCGGGUCCGGCUGUAGUCAUUUCAUACCUCAUAUCCAGUUUUGCCAGCGUUUUUGCCGCAUUAUCCUAUGCCGAACUUGCCUCGAUGAUUCCAAUCUCUGGCUCGGCUUACACUUACACAUAUGCCACUAUGGGUGAACUAAUGGCCUGGAUAGUCGGAUGGGAUCUAAUACUGGAAUAUCUCGUUUCAAUUUCCGCCGUCGCUGUAGGAUGGUCUGAGUACCUUGUUCAUUUCAUCGAAGAUGCUUUUUAUAAAACGUUGAGCCCCGCGUAUACAAAAUCCCCAUUCAUUUUCAAUUCUGCGACUUCGUCAUUUGAGUCGGUUCAGGGAACAUAUUUCAAUGUACCGGCGUUCGCGGUGAUUGUGUUCCUCACGAUCCUAUUAGUCCUGGGGAUUAAAGAAUCGUCUUGGUUCAAUACUUCGAUUGUUGCAUUUAAGAUUUUCGUGAUUAUAUUAUUCGUGAUUGCCGCUGCGCCCUCGAUAAAGACCGAAAACUAUCAUCCAUUUGUGCCCAAGAACGAGGGAAGUUUUCCCAAAUUUGGUGUAUCAGGAAUUUUCUCUGGUGCAUCGGUAGUAUUCUUCGCCUAUAUUGGAUUUGAUGCUGUUACAACUGUCGCGCAAGAGUCAAAAAAUCCUUCAAGAGACUUGCCCAUCGGAAUUUUGGGAAGUCUGUUCGUGAGCACAAUAUUAUAUGUGUCCGUUUGUCUGGUAAUGACUGGGGUAGUGAGUUACAAAGAUUUGAAUACAGCAGCACCGAUAGCAGUAGCCAUACAAGCGACUGGAAUGCGAUGGCUUGCGAUAAUAGUAGAUAUCGGUGCAAUUGCCGGUCUUACGUCAGUAAUACUCGUCAUGAUCAUGUCUCAACCACGAAUAUUUUACACAAUGGCCACAGACGGUCUCUUUCCAUCCAUAGCUACCAAAGUCCACUCACGCUUUAAAACACCCUAUAUUACCACAAUGGCAACUGGUGCAGUGGCUUCAAUCGGUGCUGCAUUCUUGCCUAUAGAUGUCCUGGCUGAUCUCACAUCCGUCGGUACACUUUUCGCUUUCUUCCUGGUCAAUAUGGGUGUAUUGAUUCUCCGUAUUAAGGCUCCCCAUAUACCUCGAGGAUUCCGUGUACCUGGUGGUCCAUACUUUGUACCAAUCAUUGGAGCCGCAAUGAAUCUGUUAUUGUUAGCCACUUGCACGAAAAGCAGUAUUGAACGUCUAUUUAUUUGGAUGGCAAUCGGAUUGAUUAUCUAUGCUUUAUAUGGAAGGAGGAAUUCCAAAGUUAAUAAUACCAGUAAUACUAAUGAGAAGUCAGUCGACGUUUUUGAGGAGUGCAAGAAUGACCAAGAUGUUGUGACCGAAGUGAAUGAAAUGACUGUAGUAGGUGAAGUGACCGAAAUAAAUGAAGUAGUCAAUGUUUGA